UCACCAAUACGGAAUUCCCUACGCGCGCACAUCAAUAAUAAUAGCUUCCGAUCGAGCGGAAAAGGUAAAAGAACAGGAUUUAUCGAUAUGGGACCAAAAAUAUAACAAAAUGGCGAACAUCGUGGUUGCAUACAUCUUAUGGCUGACGGGAGGCUGGCUCGGCCUUCAUCACUUUUAUCUUGGUCGCGACAAGCAUGCGUUCGUUUGGUGGGCAACAUGGGGAGGCUGCUUGGGUCUUGGAUGGUUUCGUGAUUUAUGGAGACUUCCUGAGUAUGUAUAUGAAGCAAACAACGAUAAAAGAUAUUUAAACGAGCUAAAACAUCGCAUGGAGGUGUUCCCCCGACCCCCGUUUAAUGUUACCAGGUUUGGCGGCGAACUGGUGGUGGGAUACCUGUUUGGGAUCGUGCUAAGACUGGUUAUACCAGAAGAAUACACAGCUCAUGGUAUUGGCUGGUUACUGACCGUCGUUCUACCUCCUUAUGGAGCUGCUUUUGGAGUACACCUGGUUGCCAACAUUGGACGACAAAAGUGUACAAUGUCGGCACCUCUGAUUGGUGCCUCCCUCGGGUUGCCAUGGUCACUGUACAUUUCGGAAAAUAUUAUGCCAGGUGUACUGUUUGCUGCAAUUCUUGUGAAUAAAUUUGGAAUACAGUGGAAAGAAGAUAGAAGAGACAGAGAAAACCUCUGUAAAAGGGCGCUUGUGUUGACGUUUUGUGGUAUGAUUUAUCUGUCAUUGUGGACCUCUGUGAUUUAUUUGAAUUGUUCGGUCACUAACGAACACGGUGAAACCAUACCUUUACGAGAGGCAAUUCCAAAUUUCUUUAAAUCUCCUGCCUGGGAGAAUAUGAAAGGGACUAUAAGUAAACUCUACGAGUAUUACAAACUUUACGGCUGGAAUAAACUUUGGCAGCAGAUUGUGGAGGCUAUGGACCCUACAGGAGAAGCUAAUGCCUAUAAGGUACUUGAUCUGAAUGAGACUGUCAGUCAAAAAGAAAUCACAAGGCGAUACAGAGAUCUCGCGAAGGAGUGGCACCCAGACAAAGUCAAAGAUCCGGCCAAAAAAAUGGCUGCUCAGGAACGGUUCAUAGAAAUCCAAAAGGCAUACGCAACAUUAUCUGAAAUAAAAAGUCGGAGAACAUCAAAGUCAAUGGAAUCGGAUUUUCCAAAGAAAGCUAAGAAACAGACCCAUACUGAGUUUUAAUGACAUUGUCGAUCUGAAAUAUCGUUAUGCUGCAUGGAUCUUUUUAUAAUUUUUAGCUUACCAAUCUGAAAUGAGCUUAAGCUAAGCCAUGGUACAGUACCCUUGGUCAAUGUUUUCUGAAAACAACUACUCCUCAAGUAUGGUCAAUCAGAUCUCAACCAAACUAUGCCUGAAUUUUUUUUCUCCUAUGGAUUUCACUUGCUGUAUUUUUUAGCCAAAACAAGUGUGGUUAUGUUUGAGGUUGAUGCCAGUUCCAUGAUUGCCAGCUCGAAGACAAACAUUUGAUGGAAACGUGGCUAAAAUGAAACUGUUGAUCUGCAAAAAUUACACUGAAUCUCUUCCUUUAAACCUGGUUCCUCCUCAAAAGACCACAGCUGUUCAUAGGACGUAAAGCACACACAAACAAACAAACUCGACCUUUAAAUCAGGUCUAAAAUGUAAACAUGAUACAUGUGUAAGUAACUCGGGCUGCAAAUAUUUACAGCCCACGAGCUGUGUGCCUAUUGGCCUCUUGUUUCUUUCAUUGUGGCUUAUCGUUGGCGUCUGAUUUUUUGUGAUGACAAGAUCGAUGGAUGUUGCUACAGAUACAUAUCCAAAAAAUAAAUGUUUUGUUUUUUGAUAAUAUUCAAAUUAAAUCAUAAAUAUGUUGAUAAUCCAUAUUAACUUAAACAGCAUGUAGACAUAUCAAAUUGUAAUUUUGGCUGAAGAUAAAAGGUCAGCACACAUGGAGGAUAUUUAAUGGUGUCUUCAGGAAUAACAAAUAUAUUUCACUCGUGUGGCUAAUGUUUUGAUAUUUUUCACUC